AUGCGGCUCACCGACGCGUUAAAGGGCUAUUUCUGGCCGGUGCUUGUGUGCUGUGGUGUCGCCAUGAACGCGGUGUGCGCGGGAGGUGUCUAUGCCUUUCCGCUCAUUGCGCCGUCACUGGUCGAGCACUUGAAGCUGUCGCAGCCGCAACUCACAUCUAUAUCGCUAGCCGGUAUGAUCUCUCAGUACCCCGUCGCGGCGAUUGUUGGUCUCGCAAUAGACAACCUGGGAACAUGGUCAUGCUCCCUAGCGGCGUCCGUCAUGUUCGCAAUCGGCUAUGGGGUCUUCGCGAGAGAAGUGGCCGCCGUACCUCCCGGCACGCACGCGUCCGCCCAGACCGUCAACACGCUCAUUUUCUGCUGGGCGUUGAUCGGGUUGGCCACCGUUUGCACCGGCUUCGCGCUCGUCUUCUCCGCGACGAAGGCGUUCUAUAAGUACAUCGGUGUCGCGGUCGGCUUGAGCCAGGCAGCCUUUGGGAUGUCUCCCCUCCUCCUCUCCCUCAUCGCCUCCCACUUCACCCCAUCCGGCGAGACCCUUGACCUCCCCAGUUACUUCACCUUCCUGGCUCUUUUCGCGGGAAUCGCCAACCUCACGUCCUGUGUACUAUUCCGCGGAGCACAAAACGCCGGUACCAUCCCCAUGGGCAGCUCUAAAGUGGCCCCUACACGCUCAGAUGGAGAACCCCUACUUCUGGGUCUCGCGCUCUGGAUGACCUUCGUCGUCGGUUCGUCCGAGAUGGUCUUCUCCAACCUCGGCUCCGUAGUGCUCUCGCUCCCCUCCGCGUCCCGGCGGCGGUUCGACGACCGCCAACGUCGGGCACGCCGUCCGCUCCUCGCGCUCGCCAACACGCUCUCCCGGCUCGCCGUCGGGCCCCUCGCGGAUGCCGUGGCCCCCGUCGCGACCCAGGCCCGGACGGCUCGAGGACGUCUGGCCGCUCGCGGUCGGCACCGGGGCGCGUACGGGACGACGUUCACGCUCAUUCCAGGAAUCAUGUCGUCAAUUGGGGCUGCCCAGCCUCGGCGCAACUACGGCAUCCUAUCCUACACCGCGUUCGUGGGCACGUCUAUAUUCUCGUUCAUUACGCAACCAUCGCCGACCGCCACGUUCUCCCGGCGACGACGUCUGCAAGGGCGUCGACUGCUGGAGUGCGACGGCAAGGUGUGGAAGGACCGGGUUUAG